AUUCUGGGUUUAGGUGGUUGGGUGCGCUUAAACAAAAACCAUAGGCUCAACGAACUCCUACGUGGACAUCCCAUCAGACGACUUCUUUGAGUCAUUUCAACUGAGGCAUCAAGAUCAUUUCGCAAGUUCGGUGUAUUUCGACUCAAAUCGACGAAAUGGUCAGCAUACAGCAGCUAGAGCCGGCACCGGCACACAUAUCGGCGCCAGUGCCAAGCACCAUUACCGCUCAUCGAGCAAUCGACCUGGUCAUGGGAAGGACAACUUCGCCGGCGGUUGGCGACCUCCCGCUUCUGAGGGGGCCUCGCAAGGGAGAUACGAGAACAGCGGUGAUCGUGUUUGGCCAGGGCCAGGAGAAAAUUGUGGCUGUAUUUGCCGAAGUCUUGGGGAAAUCUUACCGAGUGAGGAAUGGGUUCAGAGACGUCUCUUCAGAUGAUCGGGAAAUUGUGGUGGGCAUUCCCACAACACAGGCAAAAACCGACAUUGCAGGUCGGGACAGAACCUCGAUCGUCGCCAUCAACGUCCAUUGUACCAACAUGGGCAUGCCCCCAGACGCAUAUCUAUCCGCUCAGUGUGACUACGAAUUCCUCUACACGGAGGCACCCUUUUUCAGACGGGACCUGUCACGUUUCAUUUCUCAAACACUUGGGCAGUUGAACCACCACGAAACCCUCAUGGCCAAACCACGGACGUACUUCAUUUCGACAACAUUCCCCGACGUACAUGCUGCCCUUCCGAAUAUUGAUAUCCUAACCGUGGGUGCGGAUGCCGUUGAGAUCAGGGUUGAUCUUUUGAAAGAGCCACUGGGUGACGGAACCUAUGCUCCGGUUCCCAGCCUGAGUUAUGUCGGCGAACAGGUGAUGUUGCUUCGUCAGAGGACGGAGCUGCCGAUUAUUUUCACCACCAGAUGUACGGCCGAAAAUGGGCGGUUUCCAAUGGAUAAUCCUGAUCUAUACUACGAGUACCUUUACAGAGCAAUCCAGUGGGGAGUGGAGUACAUCGACGUCGAGAUAUGGCUCCCGGAGAGGAUCAGGAGGAAGCUUUUUGAGCAGCGUGGCAGCAGUCGCAUCAUGUCCGCAUUUCACGACUUCUCUGGGACUUUCAAGUGGCCAUCAGCAAGGGCAGAAGCAACGUUCCGGGAAUCAGCGCGGUUUGCGGAUAUCGUCAAAAUGAUCGCCAUUAUCAACGACCACAACGAAAACUUUGAACUGGAGUACUUCCGUUCUAAGAUCAAGGCUGAAUACCCCGAUGCGCCGCCACUUUCUGCUGUCAACAUGGGCGAAACAGGACAGUUUUCUCGGACCUUGAACCGGGUUUUCACACCCAUCACCCAUCCUCUAUUACCGAUAAUCGCCGCUCCCGGUCAGUUGAGUGCCUCCGAGAUCAAUCAGGCUUUGUCCUUACUCGGACAACUGCCGAGAAAGAACAUCUACGGAAUCAACACCCCCUCUAGCCGCAUAUCGACCCCUCAGGCACCUUUCUAUGGGAAGUGUUUCAACGAACUAGGUCUGCCCCAUCACUUCUCUGUCGUUGAGAGACCCCUCAAAGGUUUUGCCUCUGUGGAAGCGUGGUGCAACCAGAAGAACUUUGGCGGUGCUUACCUCUAUCCGGCUGUUCCUUUUCAGCAUUUGAUCUCAAACAGUGCCUUCUUUGCAUCCAUCAACAAUGGCACGGGGCCGAUUCUCAGCGAUUCAGUAAAGCUUAUUGGCAUGGUAGACACAAUCGUGGUUCAAUCCAAGGCCUCCUUUUCUGCUUCCUCGGCACCGUCCUCAGCACCGUCCAGUCCAGGACGUCACCAAAACAGCGACUCACUAGGUUCCAUUGCUUCGCCGCAAUCGGGCCUGUCACCCACCACCGUUAUGGUCUUCGAAAAUGCCGCUUGGAAAGGGAUAUUGAGUACACUCACUCGCGACUUUGCUCCUUCGGCUUAUUCUGGACGUGCCGCCGUGGUUCUCGCUUCAAACCCCGAUGAUGCUGCCAGUUCUCUCCUCGCUCUUAAAGCUCUGAUGGUGAGCAAGAUCUACACAGUCGGCUUCAAAGCGUCGCCAGCUGUUGCCAGGGAUUUCAACCUGGAGCCCUUCAACAGUCUCGAGAGUAUGCAAAAGGCCCGUACGAAUGGUGCUAAUAGCGCAAAUCAUGAUGCCUCGCCUUUCGUCGUUGUCAGCGUGUUAGCCCCGGAGAAGAGUAAUCUUGUCGGCAUGCUGGUCCGCGUCUUUGGCUCUCGAGGCUCAUCGACGUCUCGCAAGGUCUUUCUUGACCUUGCUGAUGGAUCGUUUCCUCGGAAAGGUGAUCCCAGGCUGAUUGCAGAGCAAUGCGGUUUUGCUGCUUAUGGUGCUGAGGACGUCAUGGCUUUCACUACUGUGGAAACACUGCGUCUUCUUGUUGGCCAGAAUGUCCCUUACAGCUUUGUGCGUCUGGCCAGCGGACGGCCAAUGUUUUGAUAUCGGCACAAAGCAUUCUGACCCACAUCUCGAAACGCACUGAGUGCAGGAAACCCGUGAUCUUCCGCUAGGUAUUUUGCACAUCCUCGGCGGCUACCUUGAGGAAUU